AUGGGUAAGAGAAAGAAGUCUUCAAGAGGUCCGGCGAAAAAAGUAGUCCAAAGGCUUGAUUCCACAUUCAACUGUUUGUUUUGCAAUCACGAAAGAUCAGUGACAUGUACGCUGGAUAAAAAGAAUAGCAUCGGGUCGUUGUCAUGCAAAGUAUGCGGUCAGACUUUUCAAACACAUGUCAAUGCCUUGUCGCAGCCGGUAGAUGUAUAUAGCGACUGGUUUGAUGCGGUAGAGGAGGUAAAUGCUGGUAAAGUCAGCGAUUCUGAAGGCGAAAGUGACAGUGGAAGCGAUUACGAAAGCGAUUCCGAUGCAGAAGUGGCAAACAAAAGACGCGCUCAAAUAGAUUCGGACGAAGAGGAGAUUUCGGACGACGAAGAAGCUGUGGGCAACUCCAAACGCGGACGUGGUAAGAUAGUAAAGGACGACGACGAUGAAGACGACGAUGAAGACGAUGACGAGUGA